CCGCGGCUAGUGACAGCCGGAUCGUGCGGAAAGUUUAUUUACAUACCGUCUUCUACCUCCCGAAAAACACGUCCCUCUAGCAGUUGCGCACCAUAAAACAAGUGUGAUUUUUUUCUUGUGUAAAGCUUAACAAAUUCCAACCUGUGAAAAUGCCGGCCGAUAUUCUUGGAUUCGCUUAUGCAGCAACCGUGGCCGCCGGUGGCAUUGUCGGAUACGCGAAAGCAGGUUCCGUCCCCUCGCUGGCAGCCGGUCUUACCUUCGGCGCACUGCUCGGGUACGGUGCGCUGCUGUCGUCGAACGAGCCGCCCCGGCCCCUGCUGCAGAUCGGUACGGCCCUGGUGCUGGCCGGUAUGAUGGGGUCGCGGGGCCGCUCGGGCAAGUUCAUGCCGCCGGGACUGAUCUGCGUGCUGUCUUGCGCAAUGCUUGCCCGCGGUCUUAUCUACCACAACCGCUAUCUGCCGAUGAUUGGCGCCAAGCAAGAGUAGAGGUUUGCGUACGGGGAAGAAGGUCGUUAAAUUAUGCAUUUAUGCAACGGGCGCUGUCGGACCGGUCCGGAACUGAUGCAAUAUUCCAC